AUGGCGGAGCCGCGGGGCGCGGGGUGCGGUCAGCGCGGCGGGGACCCCGCGUCCUCCCCGCCCGGCCCGAGGCGGAGGCGGAGGCGGAGGCACGGCCGUCCAGUGCCCCGGGGCCCAAGGCCACCGGCCUGGCGCGCGGCCGGGCUCCCGAACCCCGGCGUUCCUCGCCUCCCACCUACCACCAGGGAGAACAGAAAACAAUGCCCGGGGCAGCGGGUCAGAGGGGAGGCUGCGAACAACGAGUCGUUUCAGCCCCGAGAUGGAGGUGCGGACGGGGGCGGGGCAGGCAUCCACCCUCCUCCUCCACCCCGACCUCCCGGACCUCCCGGAGCCCGGUUCGCCCAGCGACGCCCGGGGAGAGAUCAAGUCCUGCUGGGCAGGGAGGGGCUGUUCCAGUCCGGGCACAGGAAGAGAGAGGGGGCCGGCAGAGGGGACGGGAGGAUCCUGGAGGAGUGGGGAGGUUUCCUUUCCCCAGGAGCUCUAACUCCUCUCGCUCUCCGAGCGGGGGCCCUGCGGUCCCCAGACUGUGCGGAGGGACCGCCGACCCUGCGGCUGCCCUCGCCCCCGCCCGAUGUCGAGCGUGGCCCGAUGGUCCAGGCUGGGGCUCUGGCCCCUGCUGCUGCUGGCGGCGCUGUCUGGGAUGCUCUGGGCACAGAGAGUCUCCUGCUUGUGUCUACCUUGGAUGGAAGUCUACACGCACUGAACAAGCGGACGGGGGACUUGAAGUGGACCCUCAAGGAUGAUCCCAUCAUCCAAGGACCAAUGUAUGUCACAGAAAUGGCUUUUCUCUCUGACCCAGCUGAUGGCAGCUUAUACAUUUUGGGGACCCAGAAACAACAGGGGUUGAUGAAACUGCCAUUCUCUAUCCCAGAGCUGGUUCAUUCCUCUCCCUGCCGCAGCUCAGAUGGGGUCUUCUACACAGGCCGGAAGCAGGAUGCCUGGCUUGUGGUGGACCCUGAGUCAGGGGAGGCUCGGAUGACACUGAGCACAGAGGGGUUUUCUACCCCCCGCCUCUACAUUGGCCGCACACAGUACACAGUUACCAUGCAUGACCCAAGGGCCCCAAGCCUGCGCUGGAAUGCCACCUACCGUCGCUACUCAGCACCACCCAUGGAUGGUUCACGUGGGAAAUACAUGAGCCACCUGGCAUCCUGUGGGAUGGGCCUUCUGCUCACUGUGGACCCUGGAAGUGGGACAGUGCUGUGGACACAGGACCUGGGUGUGCCUGUGAUGGGUGUGUACGUCUGGCACCAGGACGGCCUGCGCCAACUACCCCAUCUCACACUGGCUCGGGACACCCUGCACUUCCUCGCCCUCCGCUGGGGCCACAUCCGGCUGCCUGCCUCGGACCCCCAGGACCCAGCCACCCACUUCUCUGCCUUGGACACCCAGCUUCUGAUGACAUUGUAUGUGGGGAAAGAUGAAGCUGGCUUCUAUGUCACGAAAGCACUGGUCCACACAGGGGUGGCCCUCGUGCCUCGUGGACUGGCCCUGGCCCCCAUGGACGGCCCCACAACGGAUGAGGUGACGUUGCAAGUCUCAGGGGAACGUGAGGGCUCCCCCAGCACUGCUGUGAGAUACCCCUCAGGCAGCGUGACCCUCCCUAGCCAGUGGCUUCUCAUCGGACACCACGAACCACCCCCAGUCCUGCAUACCACCAUGCUCAGGGUGCAUCCCACCCCAGGAAGAGAGUCUGCUGAGACAAGGCACUCAAAGAACGUCCAUGCUUCAACUGUCUUCUCAGAGCUCCUGAGCCUGAGUAGGGAGGAAUCUUGGGACCCAGCGCUGCAUCCCGAAGAGAAAACUCCAGACUCUUAUCCAGGACUGGGAUCCCAUGACCUGCUGGCAGGUAGCCUCGCUGCCCUCCUCCUGGGAGUCUGGAUUCUCUACCUGAUGAGGCAGGAACAGCAGCAACUGGAAAAGAAGCAGCAACAGAUCCCUUCAGCACCUGCAAGCCCUCCUGACAUCUCGCAGGGUGCUCAGGUGCAAGCCUCAAGGGCCAUCUCACAGAGCCAGAAGAGACUGAAAAGCCCCUCCGAGCAAACCCAGUCAUCCUGUGACUCAGAAGUGGAGCAGCUCACUGUGGUGGGGAAGAUUUCCUUCAACCCCAAGGCUGUGCUGGGCCGUGGAGCAGGCGGGACUUUUGUUUUCCGGGGACAGUUUGAGGGGCGGCCUGUGGCUGUCAAACGGCUCCUCCGAGAAUGCGUCAGCCUGGUCCAGCGGGAGGUUCGGCUGCUGCAAGAGUCUGACAGGCACCCCAACGUUCUCCGCUACUUCUGCACUGAGCGGGGUCCCCAGUUCCACUAUAUUGCCCUGGAGCUCUGCCAGGCCUCCUUGCAGGAGUAUGUAGAGAACCCUAACCUGGACCGCUGGGGCUUAGAGCCCAUAAUGGUGCUACAGCAGAUGAUGUCCGGCUUGGCCCACCUGCAUUCCUUACACAUAGUGCACCGAGACCUGAAGCCUGGCAACAUUCUCAUCGUGGGGCCUGACAGCCAGGGUCAAGGCAGGGUGGUCCUCUCUGACUUUGGCCUCUGCAAGAAGCUGCCUGCUGGCCACUGCAGCUUUAGCCUCCAUUCAGGCAUCCCAGGCACGGAAGGCUGGAUGGCACCUGAGCUCUUAGAGCUCCUGCCCUCAGAUAGUCCUACCAGCGCCGUGGAUAUCUUCUCUGCAGGCUGUGUGUUCUAUUACGUGCUCUCUAGUGGCAGCCAUCCCUUUGGGGACAGUCUCUUUCGCCAGGCUAACAUCCUAGCAGGGACUCCCUGUCUGGCUCAUCUGGAAGAAGAGGACCAUGACAAAGUUGUGGCCCGGGACCUGGUAGAAGCCAUGCUGAGCCUAGCGCCCCUGGCACGCCCCUCGGCCAGGUGUGUGCUGGCCCACCCCCUCUUCUGGAGCAAAGCCAAGCAGCUGCAAUUCUUCCAGGAUGUCAGUGACUGGCUGGAAAAGGAGACAGAGCAGGGGCCACUGGUGAUGGCCCUGGAGACGAGAGGCACCGAGGUUGUCCGGAACAACUGGCACAAACACAUCUCAGCACCACUGCAGGCAGAUCUGAGGAAGUUCCGGUCUUAUAAGGGGACAUCAGUACGGGACCUGCUCCGUGCCAUGAGGAACAAGAAGCACCACUACAGAGAACUCCCGGCUGAGGUGCGCCAGGCACUAGGCCAGGUCCCUAAUGGCUUCGUGCAGUAUUUUACACACCGCUUCCCACGGCUGCUACUCCACACUCACCACGCCAUGAGAAGCUGUGCCUCUGAGAGCCUCUUCCUGCCCUACUAUGUGCCAGACUCAGAUGCCAGAGGCCACAAGGAGCUAGGUAGCCAAGGCUUCAGAGGUGGGCCAAGGAGUUGA